UGGCUCAGAAGAUGAGUUGCGUUGCUUGAAAUCACCCGGCAUAUUUCGUCCUGAUUAACAAAUACUCCGUACCUUUUCAGGAGCGGUGGAGAAGACAGACGGGAUGAUUUAUUUAUUUUAAAAAACUGCAAAUAAAAUGGAAAAGGAUAACAGGAAAGAAAUAGAUGAGCCAGUGAUAUAAAGCUUCUCUUCCUGUCCUCACCACCCCUUAAAUUUCUUUUAAUUAGCAGACAAACAUAUACUGAAAACAGGGGCUCUCCUCAUUUGUGGGCAAAAGGAAGACUAAAUUCACUAUCCUAGGUAGCAGGUUUAGAAGCUGGAAUUGAGAGAGGAUUAAAAGAAUCCUACAACAUACAGACCAACUGCCCAGCUUCACUCAGUGUGUAUAGGACGAUUCAGCAAGGGACGUGAUAUUGGACACUGGCUGUAUCAAUUUGGGCAGCUGAAUAACUGACUGAAAAAUCCUCCAAGAUGGAUAGUCCUUUCAAGAUGGAUUAUCUGCUGGAUGUCGAUGCUGCUUACCGCCUCUUUUACAGUCAAGGAGCUCAAGCUCGCCGGGCGACCCUGCUCACUGUACCCACAUUAAUGGCGGCUUCUUCCGAAGAGGACAUAGACAGGAGACCCAUCCGGAGAGUUCGGUCCAAGAGUGACACGCCUUACCUAGCCGAGGCCAGGAUCUCCUUCAAUCUCGGAGCAGCUGAGGAAGUAGAGAGACUGGCUGCAAUGCGUUCGGAUUCAUUGGUUCCAGGGACACACACCCCACCUAUAAGGAGGAGAAGUAAGUUUGCCAAUCUAGGAAGAAUUUUCAAGCCAUGGAAAUGGAGGAAGAAGAAGAGCGAAAAGUUCAAGCACACAUCAGCAGCGCUUGAAAGAAAAAUAUCAAUGAGGCAAAGCAGAGAGGAACUUAUCAAGAGAGGAGUUCUGAAGGAAAUAUUUGAUAAAGAUGGAGAGCUUUCUAUUCAGAACGAAGAGGGGUCAUUGGAGAAUGGACAGGCGUUGAGUUCCAGCCAACUAUCACUGCAAGCCCUAUCUGAAUUGGAGCCAUGUUCUAUAUCUGGAGAUUCCUGUAGUUAUGAAGUACUCCCGAAUCCAGACGUCAUGGAUGGAACAGUGUCUGAAGAGAGUCCCACGUCCAGUGAAUCUGGAAUCCACCUCCCUCAAGAACCUACAUCUAAACCCGUCUUGCUACUCCCCCCUAAAAAAUCUGCUGCUUUCUCUGGAGAUCACGAAGACACCCCAGUGAAGCAGCUUUCCCUGCUCAAACAACCCCCUGCCCUGCCUCCUAAGCCCAUUACCAAGAUUGCCAACCAUUUAGCUG